AUGGCGGUUGGUUCUUUGAGGUACUUGAUACCCCAAUCCUUGGGACUUAUCUCAAGGAAGUUAAUCUCUCCAUCAAAUACUAACAUAUUAUCUUCAAACAUAAUAAAAUCGUCGAUACUCAAAUCCCCAAAGAGACUUUUCCACUCUUCUUUGUCAAACAAAACCUACGAAGAAGAAAAAGAAGUCCUUGAUACAUUACUCGAAAAAUUACCUGAAUCCGAUAAAGAACAUUUAUCAAAAUUACGUAAUAUUGGUAUCUCGGCUCAUAUUGAUUCUGGUAAAACAACCUUCACUGAAAGAGUCUUAUUCUAUACUGGUCGUAUCAAACAAAUUCAUGAAGUUCGUGGUAAUGAUAAAGUCGGUGCCAAAAUGGAUCAUAUGGAUCUCGAAAGAGAAAAGGGUAUUACCAUUCAAUCUGCUGCUACUUAUUGUUCCUGGGAUAAAGAUGAUAAAAACUACCAUUUCAAUUUAAUUGAUACUCCUGGCCAUAUUGAUUUCACUAUCGAAGUUGAAAGAGCUUUAAGAGUUUUGGAUGGUGCCGUUUUAGUUGUUUGUGCUGUUGCUGGUGUUCAAUCUCAAACCGUUACGGUUGAUCGUCAAAUGCGUCGUUAUAAUGUUCCUAGAAUCACUUUUAUCAAUAAAAUGGAUAGAGUUGGUGCUGAUCCUUUCAGAGUCAUUGAUCAAUUAAAUAAAAAAUUAAGAAUCCCUGCUGCUGCUCUUCAAAUUCCAAUUGGUAUGGAGUCAGAUUUGCAAGGUGUUGUUAAUAUUAUUGAUAGAGUUGCAUUGUAUAGUGAGGGUUCUCAAGGUGAGAAAAUUGUGCAAAAAGAAGUGCCUGCUGAAUUAGUUGAUUUAAUGGAAGAGAAAAGAAGUUUGCUUAUUGAGACUUUAGCUGAUGUUGAUGAUGAAAUUGCUGAAAUUUUCCUUGAUGAAAAAGUCCCAUCUGUCGAACAAAUUAAAGCUGCUAUUCGUCGUUCCACUAUUGCAAGGAAAUUUACUCCUGUUUUAAUGGGAUCUGCUUUAGCCAAUAGAUCCGUUCAACCAGUUCUUGAUGCUAUUUGUGAUUAUUUACCUGAUCCUUCGGAAGUUCUUAAUAAGGCUCUUGAUAUCGAUAAUAAUGAAACUUCAGUUAACUUGAUUCCAUCUUCAAAGGAACCUUUGGUGGCUUUAGCUUUCAAAUUGGAAGAAGGAAAUUAUGGGCAAUUAACUUACUUGAGAGUCUAUCAAGGAAAACUUAAAAAGGGAGGCUAUAUUAAACACGUUAAGACCGGCAAAAAGAUUAAGGUCUCUAGAUUGGUGAGAAUGCAUUCAGAAGAAAUGGAAGAUGUUCCAGAAGUUGGAUCUGGUGAAAUUUGUGCAACUUUCGGUAUUGACUGUAGUUCAGGGGAUACAUUUACUGAUGGUAUCAACUAUUCAAUGAGUUCAAUGUACGUUCCAGACUCAGUUAUUUCAUUAUCUAUUAAAACCGAUACAAAAGAUUCUGCCAACUUUUCCAAAGCCGUUAGUAGAUUUCAAAAAGAAGAUCCAACAUUUAGAGUUAAUUAUGAUGUUGAAUCGUCUCAAACCGUUAUUUCUGGUAUGGGUGAAUUGCAUUUGGAAGUUUAUGUUGAAAGAAUGAAAAGAGAAUAUAACGUUCAUUGCACAACAGGAAAACCACAAGUUGCUUAUAGAGAGGCUAUUCUUGGGGCAUCUCCAUUCGAUUAUCUUCACAAAAGACAGAGUGGUGGUGCUGGUCAAUAUGCUAGAGUAGCUGGAGAAAUUUCUUCACUUGUUGGUGAAAAUCAAUUUGAAACUAAAGUUGUUGGUGGCAAAAUUCCAGACAAAUUCCUUUUUGCUUGUGAAAAGGGUUUCAACGAUGCUUGCGAAAAGGGUCCAUUAAUUGGCAGUAAAGUUUUGGGCUGUAAAAUGAUCAUCAAUGAUGGUCAAAUGCAUAUUGUUGAUUCUUCAGAAUUUUCCUUCAGAACCGCUACAAUUGGUGCCUUCAAACAAGGUUUCUUAAACUCAAACCCAGUUGUUCUUGAGCCUAUUAUGCAACUUGCUGUUACCAGUCCAAACGAAUUCCAAGGUAAUGUUAACGGUUUACUAAAUAAGUUGCUUGCAAUUAUCCAAGAAACCGAAAAUGGACCAGACGAAUUCACAAUUUACGCUGAAUGUUCUUUGAACUCGUUAUUUGGUUUUGCAACUUCAUUAAGAGCCUGCACACAAGGAAAAGGAGAAUUUACGAUGGAAUUUAAAAACUAUUCUCCAACCCCACCACAAUUGCAAAAACAGCUUAUUGCAGAAUACCAGAAGAAGCUCCAGGCAAAAAAAUAG